AUGACUUCCACAAAGGAGCAGGCAGCCAUCAGCAGACUGAUGGGGUUCUUGCAGGAAUGGGACAAUGCUAGCAAAGCUGCUCGUAGCCACAUGCUGGAUAAUUUCAUUAAGGCAAAUCAAGGAAAGACAGGGCCAGAGUUGGAGCUGGAAUUCUCACAGGGAGCCAGCUUGUUUCUGGCCCGCCUAACAUCCUGGCUGAGGCUGACCUACAUGUAUGGAAUAUACCUAGAUCAGCAGCUAAAGUCCAUUGGCAUCUUUCUGUCAGCUGCAAGUAGCCACAGGUAUCUUAUUGAAUUUCUGGAGGUUGGAGGUGUCCUGACUCUCCUGGAAAUACUAGGGCUGAAGCAACUGAAGGAAGAGGACAAAAGGGAGUCGAUAAAGCUACUCCAACUCGUAGCAAAAGCUGGCAGGAAGUAUAAGGAGCUCAUUUGUGAAAGUUAUGGUGUGAGAUCAAUAGCUGAGUUCUUGGCCAAUUCCAAGUCCGAAGAGACUCAAGAACAAGUGCAAAUUCUGUUGGAUUCUUUAGGCCACGGCAAUCCCAAGUAUCAGAACCAAGUAUACAAAGGCCUGAUUGCUUUGCUGCCAUGCACAUCCCCCAAAGCCCAACAGCUGUCUCUGCAGACACUCAGAACUGUGCAGGCGAUCGUGGGAGCAGCCCAUCCCGGCAUUGUGGACGCUGUGCUGGGCGUGCUCAGCUCAAUGCACUUGGAAGUUCAGUAUGAAGCCAUUCAGCUGAUAAAGGAUCUCACGGCUUAUGAAGUCCGGCCAGUGCUGCUGAAGGGUCUGGUUGAAUUACUUAAAGCACCAGGGAAAGAGACUGCUAAAGUGAAAGGCAAAGCCCUGGAAGACCCAGCCACACUCCAUCUUCCGGAGCCCUUGUCGGUGUAUAUACAGCAAGCCGCUGCAGCAAAAGCCAUCGGCAUUCUAGCCAAGGACUCCACCAAACUGGCUGAAGAGAUGAUCCAGCUGAGAGUGGUGCACGGCCUUAUGUGUGCUAUGGGGAACCAGGAUCAUACCACCUGCCAGAGACAGGCCAGCAUCACUCUAGAGUAUUUUGUCCGGACAUUUCCCACUGUGGAGGAGCAUGUGAGGAAGGCAACAGGAGAGACUCUGUUCCAGCUUUUUAUGAGAGAUGCCAAGACCUUGUACAUGAACAUGGAUGCAGUACAGGUUGAUAUUCUGGCAUCGAAUAAAGUGAACAUCCCAGGAAGUUUAGCAAGCCCAGAAAGGAUGCCGCCCAUGGAAGAGGAAGGAAGCACGGAAUGA